GCGAAGUCCGCGCGUCCGGCAGCCGUGGGCGGCCGCUGUGGGCGUGCAGCCGCUGCACCGCCCCGCCCCCCGCGCGCCCCACGCUGUUUAUUCUCGGCCCGAGUGGCGGGGCGCGCGACAGUCGCCCGCGUGACGCGCUCCCGAACGCACGCGUGCGUCAGAACAAAACAUCCAAUAAUUCGCAAUACUCACAAACAAUCAAGCUUUAAACAAAACUUCCAAAUUUUUUAAUUGACGGCUAAGUUGUAACGCAUCAAGAGUUGGAGCAAGUGAUCGUGCUGGGCGCACGAGACGGUGACACGAUAGUUUUCUGUGCGAAGAUUUACGGAAGGCAUUACGGUGGCGGCGGUACUAGGGGGCAGGCUGGAAUGCGCCGGAUUGGACACGUUUAGCGCGCGCGCACGCUCCGACACGGUGCCGCCUUCAGAACACCCGGCCAUGGCGACCGAGACCGGUACACUGACCGCUCUGUAUGGCGCAGGCGGCGCCGCGGCCGGCGGCGAGCAGCAAUACUCACUGCGGUGGAACGACUUCCACUCGUCCAUGGUGUCCUCCUUCAGGCGCCUGCGCGAUGAGGAGGACUUCGUCGACGUCACGCUCGCGUGCGCCGGCGCCACCUUCACAGCGCACAAGGUGGUGCUAUCUGCAUGCAGUCCUUAUUUCCGAAGACUUUUAAAGGCGAAUCCCUGCCAACAUCCUAUUGUAAUCCUGCGUGAUGUCCACGACAAAGACAUGGAGAGUCUUCUUCGGUUUAUGUACCAAGGUGAGGUGCACAUCGGUCAAGAGCAGUUGAAAGAGUUCCUGAGAGCAGCCCAGCUACUACAAGUGCGUGGACUGACGGACGUUCCUGCACCGGCACCGAUGACUACGUUGGAUCAGAAAGCUUCACCGUCAGCAUCAUCAUGGACGGAAACUGGCAGUGGAGCGUCUCGUGAAGGGAGGGAAGGAGGACAACAACGUGAAGGCAGGAGACCGAGGAAACCAGACGACGGAGCCAACAACACACCACCACCGAAACGGGCCAGGUCCUCGGACCUGUACCAGGCGCAGAUGAAGUCCAGGACGGAACAGCUACUGUCGGUGCAGGGAGCAAGCCCUGAGCGGCUGGGCACUAACGGGCACGAGCUGGCCUUGUUCGGACAGGCCAUGGACACUUCGCAAAACCCUCAUCUAUCUGGAGUUUCUAACAAUCUGUCUGGAGACGGUGAAGAAUCGUCAUCAGACGCAGGCGCCAGCGACACGGAAGGAGAGACACGCGCUAAACAGGAGCCCAUCGACUACGACGACCCAGCUACCAUGGCCAACACCAACGGAACCCUGCCGCACAACUUCCCCGGACUACUUAAUCUACCAGGUUUCCCCGGCUUACCAGGACCAUCAGGAAUACCCGACAAUUACGGAGGAUGCCGAAGGACUCAGGACUUGCUGCGCGUGAGAGCGACGGACCCGCGGCCCUGCCCCAAGUGUGGCAAGAUCUACCGAUCUGCGCACACGCUGAGGACACAUCUCGAGGACAAACACACAGUCUGCCCUGGAUAUCGUUGCGUGCUCUGCGGUACGGUGGCCAAGUCUAGGAACUCGCUGCACUCGCACAUGUCGCGACAACAUCGCGGUAUCUCCACCAAGGACCUGCCCGUGCUGCAGAUGCCCACCAGAUUCGAUCCUGAACUUGCCAGCCAGUUACUGGCCAAAGCUGGUGUGAAGGUGUCACCAGAACAGCUUCGAGCUCGUGCAUCUCCUACUGGUCCUCGACGCUCAGAUAUCAAGCUGGAUGCGAAGUCAGCUGCAUCGGAGAGCAGUUCCAUAUGCGGAGACAAUGAUAACGACGACCUCAGCCAAUCUCGAUACCAGGACAGCAUACCCGUCUCACCUCCACACAUAAACAAUCUGGCAAACACGACUAUCACGAAAGUUCCGGCAGUGCGCGCGGUGACUGCUAAGACAGUGGAGAACCUUCCACACGGACUGGCUGGCUUGAAGCACGAUGACUUCCCGCCGGCGUACGGGGGUAACUCAGCAUUGCUGGACACCUACCUACAGUACAUCGGAGAGAACAUGUUCGCAGGAAUGAACGCGAAGCUAGCACAUUUCAACGCACUGCACACCGACCGGAAAUCCUAUGAAGAGCCAUCACCACAAAUGGGAUCCCUCCCGCCCCCACCGACGAACCUCGCCCACCAGCGCUAUCUCAAACAGAUGCAGCGGCAGUACACCGAGAACAUGAGCAAACCCGACAUCAUGCGAGACUCGGACGAACCCCUGGAUCUCGGGAAGGAACGGCAACGGAACGAUAGCAUAAGCGAGACGGACACUGAGAAGCAUGAUCUAACGGACAAGGACAACGGCAAGGAUUACUAUAAAGAUUACAAUGAGGACGACCGGAGAGGGAACUCGGAGGAUCCCGAGAACAACGGCCAGGACGACGGAGACUACUCAGAUGAGGAACACAACAAAAACUCAUGAAAUGAAGGCUAGUUAACUAUAAGUGUGUUGAAUUAGUCACGUAGACUACGUGUAACACAGAUAGGACAAUGUUUUGUUGAAAUUAUCAAAAGGUGCUUGAGUGUUAUGUUUUGUGGUCAUUAGCUUGAUUCGUUUUUUGUAGUAACGGUUUUAAUUGUUGACCCGUGGAAUGUCAUUGGUGCCAUUUCCGAUAUUAAUGUAAAUUUAAAGUUUUAGGAUUAAAUCGGUUGCAGCUAGGUUGAGUCUGGUUACUUUGCAUAGAAGUCACGAAUCUGUACUGCUGGUGUUAUGAAUGGAUAUUUGAUAGAAGUAGCACGUUGCGCAACCAUGCGCUAACAUGCGCUACAAUGCGCUACCGUGCGCUUUAUAUAACCUGUUAGUGAGACAUUAUUUUUAUACCCGAUGUGAUAACACAGCCAUAAAUAUUCACUUAGCAUUUACCUGACACAUUAGUUCAGAUCAACUCGCCACAUGAUGUGAGAUUGUUUUAGUAGUUAAUGACUAGUGAGUAGUGUUUUUGUAUUGUGUAUGUAAAGGACCCGGUCACGUAGUAGGGCCUCUUACAUAGUAAUUCCAUCCAUCUACCUCAGCAUUUGGGCCAAUACGGCAAACGUUAUAAAGUAAAAAAAAAAUAUCCACACAAAUUGUGAAAUUCCAUCCAUCUACCUCACUUCAAUAGAUUUUAUUUAAUAUUUUAUACAAUUUAUAGAUAUAAAUAACUGUUGUUUUAUGCAUUUUGCAGAUUGCAUUUAUAUAUAUACUAUAUAGAGUAUAUCGUAGGUAAAUAUAUGCAAGUCAUUAGGUCAUUGUUAGUGCUGCCCGUAGGUACUUGUACUUAAUACCGUUAUUUUAUAGAAUACGCACUCACUAGAGGAACUUUAGACUGUGUCACGACCGUAGCGAGUAAUGGACAUAAACCUCUGAUAUCAAUGAGCACACUAACUUUAUACGAUGAGAAUUGUAUACGAACAAAUAUAACAGAGCUUAAAUCAUACUAUAAUUAAAGUAAAUAUACAUAUAUGUGCGUAUACUGAAUCGCGGACGGCCAAGUUAUAACGCGGUAGGAACACGAUGUAUAACGAUUUACACAAUUAAGAUUUCACAGUGGAACAGUGUGGUCGUGCGGCCAACCACUGCUGGCCGGUCUAGUGUUGCACGCUUGUACGACCGACGUCUACCUUGAGACUGACUACCAUCCAAGGGAUGAUCUGUUAUCGCGUUAUCACACUGCGCGCGAUUCGUCAAAAUGUUCAAAUUUGACACUUAACAAUAUAAUAUUAUAAUAAGAGGAUAAAUAAUGCAUGUAUAUAAAUUGAGGUGAUAUGUAAAGUACAUAUACUUAAAUAAAUAGUAACAAAAAGCAAUAAAUAAAGUAUACCUUGACGUUGCCUUCGAUAUUGUGUAAAUACGUGGGUAGUGAACGGUUUGCGUUGGUAUUGUGGAAAAUGAAACCUUAUCGUGUACAAGUGAAGGUUUGUUUUGUAGUAAUGAUGUGGGCUCGUUACUUAUUAUAACAAUUACUGUGAUUACAAUCUCAUGUUAGCCUUCAAUACUUAUACAUAUUUUUUAGAGUACAAUGUUAUAGUUAUUUAGUAUAUUAUAAGAUAUUGUAAGCGAAGUCACAAAAUUAUAUUUACUUCCCGCCCCUGAACGUUAGGAUUCACGUUAUUUAAGUACUUAGAUCAAUAGGUAAAAGCAUUUAACCUUUUAUAUGAGAGAUAUUACAUUUAUGGAAUGAUGGGAUAUCUCAGUUUGCCACCGGGGCUUGCAAAGCUGUCUCGAGCGUGCGGCCGUGGGCACCGCAAGUAGAUACCUAGAUAUACGCCUAGAAUAAGUUGUACGGGUUGAUUGAAACAUAUUUUGUUUAGCGUGUUAGUGAGAAUUGAUCAUUAAGUCAGUUUGGUUUGCGCAAAUAUAACCUUGUUGACAUUUAACAGUGUUGCCAUAGUGAGUAAUAAUUUUCGACUGUAUAUAAAUUAAGUUUUGUUUGUUUAGGAAAUGAGUGCUUAAUAUUUGAUUAUUAUGAAUAGAUGCAAGUAUCGUUUUAUUUAGAUUACUCUGUCUACAUUCUACUCAAUUAUAGUUCUUUUAGAUGAAUAGAGUUGAUGCACGUUGUAUUUAACAUUUAACAAUAGUCAGUUACCAGAUUGUGAUUAAGGAAAGUAUAUAUUUUUUCAACACACGCCACUUAAAAUACAGAUUAUAAAUAAAGGGGGGCUUACAUCGUUACUUUAGGGUGUCAACACAUAAGACGGACUAGAUGUCAAGUCGUGCAAUGUCUCGUGUGAGCUGCAGUAGCGACGUGAGCCCCCCCAGCACUGUACAGUUGUUACUAAUGCAGAAUAUUAUGUACCAGUGAGGGAUAAUGAAUAUAUAGGACUAUAAGUCAACGAUAUGCUCUCGAUAUAUAAUACUUACGUUUAGUUACCUUGUGAACUGCAAGUUCGACAUUAGUUUUUCUUUCUUUAUGUUUGGUUAUGCUAAUAUACCUCAGUAGCAUGAGCUAUCAUGUAAAACUUUUUAUUAGUUAACGCACAGUUUAAUGUUGAUUUAUGUAACUGUUCGGGUUUUGCGCAAUUCACGAUAACCGUAGGAAUAUAAUAAAGCCAGAUUACAGAGUACAAAAUAAUGAAUUGAUGUAGUACAGAAAUAUAAAUAUUCUUGCAAAAUGUUGUUUCUAUGUUAAUAGAUGUGUAUGUUGUCGUGAGUUGUCGUGAGUGGCUCGAACGGAGUUAGCUGUCGAGUAGGGAGCACAAGAUAUUAAGUUUGUUCGCCACGUGACCACGUGACCACGUGACGUGACAGUACCAAGUAAUUCGUAUUUAUAUCCCUUCUAUAUUAUAAAGUCGUUGGAAUCAAUAAAUAGGAAGAAUGAUUAUAAUUUUAUUUGCAUUUAAUGUAAUAAAACUAAAUGAGAAUGAUUUUAUUCAAUUAUUUGUACAUUAUCCAAUCAUUUUAAUUUAUAUUUAAUGUUUGUUUAUUUCGUUAUAUUUCCAAUACAAUAUGCAGUUGAUUUUUUUACUCCUGUCUUUGUUUCUGUCUGGCUUUCUAUGGCCUGUGAAGCAGUGCUUUACAUUCGUCUUAUGUAUUACUUGGAACAAUUUCCACUUGAAUUUAUUGAUUCCACUCGACUACAAUUCUGCCAACAAUUAGUUGAGAUGAUCUCGCUACAUCCCCAUAUUCUGUUCUCUUUCGUUCCGUUUCAUUUCAUGGUGGCGCCACUGUAUACGACCGCUGCAAUAAGCAAAGCCACCAUCCCUUAAUUCUCAACUCUAUUACUGUACUAAUUAGGUGUAUUUUUCAAAAUCAUUGGACUUACAUAUGGUUAAGUAUUUAUGCAAUAAUUAAUUAAGGUACUAUGGGGAUGAUGGGUACAAGCCGCCAUAUUGUAUCGUGACGUCACUCCUGUGUAAUCGCCAUGUGAAAUGGAUAUGUCAGUAUUGUUAUGGUUUUUAGAGAUAUACCUAAUUAAGGCAGGAGAAUAUAAGUUUACGUAUAUUUUUAUAGUUGGAACCACGCCUGGCCAUUGUACAUUAGAGUACUAGCUGUACGCUGCUUCAUUACAUUACUAUAUACAAGAAUAAUAAAAAUAAUUGUUUUGAA